AUGAACAACAAAAAUGAUUUGCCUGCACUACCGGACGGAGGCUAUGGCUGGGUCAUGGUGCUUGCCAUUUUCUGGAACAAUGCGCACCACUGGGGCAUUCUUUCGAGCUAUGGAGUUUUCAUGCAAUGGUUCCUCGCACACCCAGAAUAUGUUUCCGGCACGUAUCUCGACUACGCUCUCAUCGGCGGCUUAGCCGCGUCGCAGUCCUGCCUUAUUGCACCACUGGCAACCACAAUACAUCAUCGAUACGGUCUCAAAUUUGCUAUGGGUCUCGGGGUCUUGCUUGAAACUGCGGCUUUGCUCGGUGCCGCAUGGAGCACCUCAAUUUGGCAGCUCUAUCUGAGCCAGGGUAUUUGCUACGGCUGGGGCCUGGGCUUGCAGUACAGCUCGUCAACAUCGGUCAUCCCGCAAUGGUUCAGCAAGCGUCGCAGUUUGGCAGCGGGCAUCACAACCGCCGGCACUGGCACGGGAGGAUUGAUCUACUCCUUGGCGGCAAAUGCGAUGCUUGACCGCUUCGGACCCGGCUGGACGUACCGUAUUCUGGCCAUCGUGCAGGGCGUGGUUAGCGCUUUGUGCGUGCUGGCCUUGCGCGACAGUCCAUUUGGCGCCGCAAGCCGGAAUCAGGAGCAUAAAUCCAUCAACUUCCACAUUGGUAAACGAUACGAGGUCUGGCUGUUCCUUGGAUGGAGCUUUUUUAGCAUCAUGGGGUUCAUGGUGAUCUGGUUUUCUCUCGCGACAUUUUCCCGCAGUAUUGGCUUGAGCGCGCAACAGGGAUCCAUCAUCACGGCUGUGAUGAACGUUGGACAGAUCAUUGGACGACCGGCGAUCGGAUAUUAUAGUGAUGCCGUUGGGCGGUUCAAUAUUGCGGCCGCUGCCACAUUCAUCAGCGGAGUGCUAUGCCUGUCGCUUUGGGUCUGUGCAAAGUCGUAUGCUGCCACACUGUGCUUUGCUUUGUUUGGAGGGUCACUGUUUGGAACUUUCUGGACUGUAAUGGCACCUCUAAGUGCAGAAGUAGUAGCGCUCGAAGAUGUUCGGUCCUGUUUAACGCUCAUGUGGCUAGUCUGUGUUCUUCCAGCAACAUUUGGCGAAGCUAUUGGCCUGGAGCUUCGUACUCGGGGAAACCGGCCAUACCUCCAUACACAGUUGUUCACUGGCUUUAUGUACAUUGGGGCGUCUUUGUGUGUUGUCCUCCUCCGAAUUUGGAAGGCUCGGUCAGCCGGGAAAUCCCAAGAGGCUAAAGCUUCUCCGGUUCCCGACUCAACGGGCCAGCCAGACUGUGAGGGAAGAGUUGGCAAGGUGAGGCUCUGGAAGCAGGUCUGAUUUCGUUCUGCAGCAUGGAAUUAUGUUCAAUCUAUGCAUAUUAUACAAAUAAUUUCUGGUCUACUAAUAUUCCUUUGGUCUUCUGUCAUGCUGGCUUUGUAUAAAAGGUAUUCUCAUGGUGUUAUCGAUUUGAUAUAUUCAAUACUCAUUUGGAUCCUGC